UGUCACUUGUCGCUUGUCGUCUUGCCAUAACAUUAUUCAAUUCUUUUUCUGUGUGAUGAUAUCGGUUUACGGAAAGGGGUGGAAUACUUACUUUUAAAUUUAGUUUGUUUAGAAUUAGGCCUAAAUAAAGUUUUCCACCCCACCUAACUGAUCAAUAUUCUAGGUGUGAUAAGUAUACAAGUUCUUUAUCAGAAUGGAUCCAUUUGUAAUCACCCCUCCAGAAAGAGCCAGAUUUGAAAGCCAGUUCAAUGCUCUUAGACCAAUUAAUGGGAUUGUCACCGGUGAUCAAGCCAAAGGGUUCUUCUUGCAGUCACAACUGCCAAUGCCUAUACUCGGAGCCAUUUGGGGGCUGGCAGAUACUGAUGCUGAUGGCAAAAUGAAUAUAAACGAGUUCAGCAUAGCCUGCAAACUCAUCAGCAUGAAGCUGAGAGGUGUCGAGGUGCCAAAGGUUCUGCCACCAUCCCUCGCACAACUUGUACAACCAGUUGUGAUGCCGGUUGUGCCUGCUGCUGUGAUGAAGCCUCCUGUACCUCCAGCCCCUCUCAUCCCUGGAGUCCCUGGAGGACGACCUAUGAUAUCUCCUCCCUCAGGAGGGAACACUCCCAAGGUCACCUCUCCCCCUGGUCUGGUGGGGGCCCAGCCUCCCCCUCUCCCUCCACAGCCUAUCAUCACCUCUCAACCUCUGUUAGGGAUGAGUGCCCCAAUACAACCUCCUGUAGCUAGUGUCCCCCCCAUGGCGCCCAUGCCUCCAAUGGGUAUUCCUCAAACUCAGUCCAUACCUCCUAUGGGGGUUCAACCUACUCAGCCAAUGGCACCCAUAGCUCCUAUGGGUAUGCCUCAUACUCAGGUCAUACCACCCAUGGGUGUACCUCCUACCCAACCCAUGGCUCCUUUACCACCCAUGGGUGUACCUCCUACACAGCCCAUGGCAAGUGUGGCUCCCAUUCCCAUGGCAACUCCAGGCCCUGUAACUCCUCUCAUCAAUCCAGUUCCGCCAACUCCAGCUCCUGUGCCAGCAGCUGCAGCAAUGGAACGGACUGCUUCCAUAGAAUCACCGCUGGGGGGAACUGGCCAGUUGGUAGAGUGGGCCGUGCCUCACGCUUCUAAACUCAAGUACACUCAGCUGUUUAACACUACAGACAGAACAAGAACUGGCUUCCUCAAUGGAGUUCAAGCUAGGAACAUUAUGAUGGCCUCACAACUACCUCACACUGUGCUUGCUCAGAUAUGGGGCCUCUCAGACAUGGACUCAGAUGGGCGUUUGUCCUGUGAAGAGUUUGUCUUGGCAAUGCAUCUGUGUGAUCUGGCGAGGUCGGGAGAGAAGAUACCAGUGCCACUACCUCUAGACCUCAUACCUCCCUCACUGCGACGUCAACGGAACAACUCUCUGUCAUCUCAGGACGGCCAGGGAGAUCCCCUCGCAGGUAUCGGCGGAGUGGCUUUCGCCGGACUGCUGGGACAGGAUUUGAUAUCAGCGGCAAGUUUUGAAGACAAACGAAAGGAGAAUUUUGAAAAAGGCCAGGCUGAACUUGAAAGGAGACGCAAAGCUUUGCUAGAGAUCCAGAGAAAAGAGCAGGAAGAGAGAGAGCGUAAGGAAAGGGAAGAACAAGAAAAGAGGGAAAAAAUAAGGUUGGAGCAGGAGCGACGGCGACAGGAGGAGUUAGAAAAACAGCUGCAAGCUCAAAGAGAGCUUGAACAACAAAAGGAGGAGGAGAGAAGGAGAGCUCAAGAACAGAGGGAGGCUGCACGCAGGGAAAUGGAAAGACAGAGACAGUUGGAGUGGGAGAAACAGAGAAGCCUAGAACUCCAAGCCCAGAGACAAAGAGAACAAGAGAAUGUGCUCAAACUGAAGGCCAAGAACCAGAACCUCAGUAUCGAGCUAUCACAACUGAAUGAGAAAGUGAAGGAGUUGUCCACCAAGAUCACAGAGACCAGGUCUGGAGUGACCAGUGUCAAGUCCACUAUUGAUGGCAUGAGGACUACAAGGGACACACAGCUGCAGCAGAUGUCUACUCUAAAGGCCAAGCUGAAAGAGCAAAACGCAAGGCUGGUGGCUGUGAGCCAAGAAAAGGCCAGAAUGGAGGCCAAGAACAAAAUGAACGCUGCAGCUGACGUGGCUGGACAAGAACAGGCUAAACUGGCCUUCCAGAACAAACAGAUCCAAAUGAAGCAGCUGCGGGACAAACUUCAGGAUAUGGAAAAACAGAUUGAAGGGAAAAUGGAAGACAUUCAAAACAAUAACUCACAACUAGACGAUUUAAAACAGCAGCUUACGAAACUAAUCAAGGAUUGUGAAGAACUAUACACCACCUACAAUGAGAAAAGAAAUAAGGUGCUUGAAAUGAAAGGCAGCAAAGCCAAAGAGGGUUGGGGAGAUGAUGCUUGGAACUCUACCCCAGCUGCGUGGAACUCUGAGGAGGAGACCUAUUCAGCCCAGACCGAAGGGUACAAGAGGUAUCGAGCGUUGUAUGAAUUUGUUGCUCGCAAUGGUGACGAGUUGUCUUUCCAGCCUGGAGAUAUCAUCAUGGUACCUAUCACCCAGAACGCAGAGCCUGGUUGGCUGGCCGGAGAGGUCAGAGGUCAUUCAGGUUGGUUCCCCGAGGCGUAUGUAGAAUGCAUAGACACUGACACUGGGGUCUCGCCUUAUCCCGAGGCUGACACAAUACAGAAGACUCAACUGGAAGAGAUAGCAGAAGUGCCUGAGAAUGUGUCUGACAAUGGGUCAGCCGUGGUGGAAGUGUCAGAAGCCCCUGCAGUGCCCCUGAUGCCCAGCUUGAUGUUGGGUAUGGGCACUCCUGUGGACCUCACAGUGGUGGCUUUGUAUCCCUUCACCCCCUCAGCUCCGGACCAGCUACUCUUCGGCAAGGGGGACAUCAUCAGGGUCACUGAGAACCAGGACAUGUGGUGGUAUGGAGAAAACAAUGGCCAGGAAGGCUGGUUCCCUAGGACUUAUGUCAAGCUGUCAACAGAUAAUGUCAACAUUAACAAUGCUGUAGACAUGGGGGCACUUCCACCUGACCAGCAAGAAUACUAUGUUGCUCUCUACCCGUACGCAUCAACUGAGCCUGGAGACCUCAAGUUUAACCAGGGAGAGGUCAUAUUAGUGGUCAAGAAGGAAGGGGAAUGGUGGACUGGGGUCAUUGCAGAUAGAACAGGAAUAUUCCCAUCCAACUAUGUACAGAAAGCAGAUACUCAGCCAGUUGUAGAGCCAGCCAUAGAAGAACCAGUUGUUGCACCUCAAAUACAGCCUUCCCAAUUAGAAACCCUGCCUCAAGACAAAAGGGCUGUUACACCAGAUUUUGCUGCAUUAUCUUCUCAGUUGGAAUCUACCAGCAGUGGUGGAGAGGAUAGUGAUUCCAAGGGAACCAAAGGCAAGAAACCAGAGAUUGCGACUGUGAUUGCUCCUUACCAAGCGACCAGCCCUGAACAGCUGAGUCUGCAGAGAGGUCAGCUGGUCUUGAUAAGGAAGAAGACAUCCACAGGCUGGUGGGAAGGAGAGUUACAGGCAAAAGGCAAGAAAAGACAGGUGGGUUGGUUCCCUGCCUCCUAUGUGAAGACGUUGGGUCCCAAGUCUGGGGGCUCACUCAGGUCGGGCAGAGUAACACCUUCCGCUGAGCCACCUUCCACAGAGAAGGUGAUAGCUCUGUACCAGUACAAGGCUCAGAAUGAAGAUGAGCUCAGUUUUGAGAAGGAUGAUGUCAUCACAAUCAUCUCUAAAGAUGAGCCGGCCUGGUGGAGAGGGGAGUUGAAUGGAUCCAUUGGUCUGUUCCCUAGCAACUACGUCGCUCCUCUCUUCGAAACUGAGAAAAAGAAAAUAAAACUGAGUAAAGAAGAGAAACAAAGGCAGAAAUCCAUCAAGGAAUUAAUCAUGACAGAACAGGCUUAUAUUGAUGAUAUGUCCAUUGUACAUGAUGUUUUUGAAAGACCAUUAGCUGAAAGCAAAAUCGUAACUCCAGAUGAACUGAGCACUAUUUUUGUGAACUGGCAAGAUAUCAUUGUUUGCAACCACAUGUUUCUCAGAGCUCUCCGGGUUCGUAGAGAAAUGAGCGAAGGUGGAGUGAUAAGAAUGAUUGGAGAUAUUCUAUGUGAAAGUUUGCCCCGCAUGACAGUGUACGUAAGGUUCUGCAGCUGUCAGCUGACUGCGGCUGCGCAGCUCCAGCGUCUGACAGAGCAGAGUGAACAGUUCCGUCAGCUGGUGCGCCGAUGUCAGGCCGACCCUCGCACCAAGGGGAUGCCUCUCAGCUCCUUCCUCAUCAAACCCAUGCAGCGCAUCACCAAAUAUCCUCUACUCAUCCAGAAGAUUGUGGAAUCAACUCCAGUGGAUCAUCCAGACUACACUUACCUGAUUGAAGCUUUGGCAAAAGCUGAAGAGUUCUGCACUCAAGUAAAUGAAGGAGUGAGGGAAAAGGAAAAUUCAGAUCGUUUGGAAUGGCUUCAGAAACAUGUAUCUUUUGAUGGCUUAGAAGAGAGACUCGUCUUUAACUCUCUCACAAACUCCGUUGGACCAAGAAAGUUCCUGCACUUUGGCUCCCUUACCAAGACUAAGAGUGGCAAAGAGUUGGUGGGCUUCCUGAUGAAUGAUUUCCUCCUUCUGGCUCAACCCAGCAGACCGCUCGGACAGUCCUUCUCAUUUGACAGACAUUCACAUGUUCGCUUCAAAAUAUACAGAAAACCUUUCCUGCUAUCAGAGCUAGUGAUACAUCAAGGUACAGAAGUGUUGGAUACAGAGGUAAGGCUGGAGUACGGAGGUCAUGUGACCAGUCUAACUGUGACCUCUAGUACAGAGCGAGGUCUGUGGCUGAGACGACUGACACAAGCCAAAGAGGAGGUCACUACCAGUGAUAGGUACAAGCUGCAACGCCAGCAAUCAAGGCAACAGAGGUUUGGCGCAGUAGGCAGAGUAUUGGUGGUUGUUGUGGAAGGCAACAAACUGAAACCUCCAUCACCAGGGGGCAAGCGUGAGGUGUUCUGUGAGGUGAGCAUGGGUUCCCAGGAACACCACACUCCCGUGGUACACACCACAGCAGCAGAGUCUCGGUGGAACGCAAGCAUGCAGUUCCUAGUUAAGGAUCUGGCAGAGGACGUGCUUUGUGUUACUGUCAAGGACAAAGGAUAUUUCUCACCUGACGAGUUUAUGGGCCGCACUGAAGUGAGAAUUUCAGACAUUCUCUACCUCAGUCAGACAUCGAGAGGUCCAAUCCUCAAAGUUCUGCCGCUACAUGAGGUUGAUUCUGGGGAAGUUACUUUGAAACUCGACCUGAGACUGUUUGAGUCUGCAUAGACACACAUGCUCAGCACCACUGUAUCAUCCAUGACCAAACAUGACCUAGGAUUAUUAUGUCUAAAGCUUCUCAUCAUUGUGAACUGGAAAACCACACAAGGAAUUCUGAGGUUAAUCACUUUAUAUCAGUUUUAUAUCAUCUAAUUCCAGUCUCACGGUUUUUAUAUAGUCAUAUUCUCUUUUGCACCAUGAGAUAAAAUGAUACAUUCCAUGGUUAGUCCUAAAAAAAUAUAUUUUUUAAGUUCUUAAGCCAGCCAUUUUGUUCCUUGGAGAAGAUGAGGGUAGUUUUUAAAUACUUUUUUGGUAGCUAUUCAAAUUCAUCUAGAUGAUUUGCUUCUACAAUCACAGUAGAUUGUCAAACCUAUGUCUUGGCCUCUAGACAAUCUGGUUGAACAACACAGACAUCACCUGAAGAACAAAAUUCAAAUCAACCUAACUAUAUUAAAAAUCUAAGCAUAAAUUCAAACUCAAUUUUAAUCGUGCUUAUAAGAAUAUUUUGUAAGCCCAAACUAAUCUGGGGUGGUGACCUCCGUAUGAAUACUUUAAAGAUUUGGGAACUUCCGAAUACAUGAUAAAUAUACCAAUUAAUAUUAAUUAUAUUUUAUAUGAAUAUAUUUGUUAUUUAUUAAGUAUUAUUUUAAACGUUAAUUAUUCCCUUAUCUAAAUAAUGGUAUUAUAUUACUGUUUAGUAAGUUUAAUUCAUUGGUAAACUUCACAGGGUAUCUUUAGUAAUAUUGUUGUAAAACAUUUGGGAAUUUUAUUAGUUUUACUUUAGCCUUUAUUGUAUUAACUUAAUUGUUGUAAGUAGAGUUAAUGCAAUUAUAGUUUAGGAUUAUUGGUUCAGCAUACCUGAUGCUUAGUACAGGGAACAUAAGUACAGGAUUAUCCUAAGGAAAUCAUCUGAAUAACAUUAUUUAUGCUGUAAGACUGUAGUAUCAUAAAUUAUUAUUAAAUAAUAAUUUAAACAUACACAUUUUUUGUGUAAACAAUACUGAAUUGUUUAACCAAAUUAAAUUUAACUUACUAAUCUCUAUCACAUUUAUGUAUGUAUAAACAUUAUUGCUAUUGUGAUAUUUAUGUAUACAACAUAAUCUGUAUAUACACUGUACACAACACUAUUAAAGAUACAUCAAUCAUGUUUAACUGCUUGCUGUGCCUGAUAAGUAUAGUAUACAAAGUCAUACCAAUGUGUAUAAAUGCUACUGAUUUUAUGUUAUCAUUUCUCUUAGCCCAAUCUGUAUAUUUAAUGUAUUUAUUUCAUACAAUUUUCUUUCAUCUUGUUAGUUGUCUAUUUUAUUAAGGAGGGAGUUGACCUAUUAGGAUAAGUCUUUACCAGAAAUAAUAAAAAAAUACCGGUAUGGAUCAUAAACAUAAACAAAUGACUUUUUUGGCCCGAAAGUAAACAAACCACCUAUACUAAUAGCAUAUAUUAACAUAUGACUUUGUUUACUUUCGGACCAAAAACGUCAUUUGUUUAUUUUUAUGAUCCAUACUGGGUCUUUUCUAGUAUUUGUGGUCUUUACUGUAAAGAAAGAGUUAUAGAAAUCACAUUUAGAUCAUUAGAUUUAGGUAAAUCACAAUACACUUGUUGUAUACCACUUUCCUCAAUCUGUACAAUAUACAUUAAUCAUAUUACAAAACUAUUAUUUCUAGUGACAGUGUGUAAAAACAUAUAAGCCUACUGAACUAUUAAGUUUAGUGAUUUGUUUACGUUAUAAUAUAAUAUUAGUUGUUGUUACACUGCCAAUAUAUUAUAUUUUUAUUAAGAGUUAGCAUUCCAAAACUAAAAUGGAAAUGAAUGUGUUAUUUAAGAUAAAAGAUGAUUUAUAUUUCUUUGUGCAUAUUAUAUACA